CCUCCUCCCCCUCCUCUCCGGACGUCCGGGAAGCGGAGGAGCCCAGCCCCGCCGGAGCCCCCCCAGUACAUGCUGUCCCUCUACCGGACCCACGGACUCGCCCCCAACAUCACCAGCCUCGCCAACACCGUCACCAGCUUCGUCGACCGAGGGAGAGACGAUCUCUGGCCGAGGAGCAGCCGGAGCCGGAGCCGGAGCCGCGCCUGGAGGAGCCAGCGGUAUCUGUUUGAUGUCUGGACUCUCUGGGAGCAAGAGGAGCUGCUGGGGGCCGAGCUGCGCCUCUUCCGCCGAGCCUCCGCGGGCCCUCUUCCGACGGGGCGCCUGGCCCGCCUGCAGCUCUCGCCUUGCCUUUCGGGCCGCCCCCUGGCCUCCAGGGCCCUGGAUCUGUCCCGGGAGGGAGAGUGGCUGGCCUUCGACGUGGGCCCCGCUUUGCAGCCUUGGAAGAGGCAGAAGGGGAAGGAAGCCCCUGGCCCCCGGCGGCCGCUUUGCCUGGAGCUGCGGGUGGCCCUGGCCCAGGAGCAGCCCCCGGAGAUGGCAGCCCGAGGAAGGAACGCUUCCGGCCCGAGAAGCCCCCGAGGGACUGCCGAGCAGCCCCUCUUGGACCCGAGGCAGCUGGGCCUGGGCCGCCAGGGCCGGGCUGCGCAGGAGAGGGCCCUGCUGGUGGUCUUCUCCCGGUCCGGGGUCGGCAGGAGCCUCUUGGCCGAGUGGAAGCCGGGCAGCCAGGGCCCUCCUGCUGCUGCUGCUCUGGGCCCUCCCGGGAGGCGGCGGCGGAGGAGGGCCUCCUGGGGCCCCCGCCACGGGAAGCGCCACGGGAAGCGGGCCCGGCUGCGCUGCAGCAAGAAGGCGCUGCACGUGAACUUCAAGGAGCUGGGCUGGGACGACUGGAUCAUCGCCCCCUUGGAGUACGAGGCCCACCGCUGCGAGGGCGCCUGCGACUUCCCGCUGCGCUCCCACCUGGAGCCCACCAACCACGCCAUCAUCCAGACCCUGAUGAACUCCAUGGCCCCCGGCGCCACGCCGCCCAGCUGCUGCGUCCCCACCCGCCUCAGCCCCAUCAGCAUCCUCUACACCGACGCCGGCAACAACGUCGUCUACAAGCAGUACGAGGACAUGGUGGUCGAGGCCUGCGGGUGCAGGUAGCCCCCGCCCCGACGACCACGGCGGCCAAGGAGAGCCAGAGAGCCAGGCGGCCGGGCAUGGGAGC